AGGAGGACUGGCUGCCUUGCAGGCUGAAGACAGCAAGCACUUCAGACAGAGCAGUGCUGCAGGCAGAGACCCAGGGAGCUAACGGCAGCUCCUGGCAAACUGCAGGGAUCUGCAGGCUAGAGCAAAGAGGGUUCUGGGGAACACGGAGAAGUGACCCAGGGAAAGGUACUCAAAGAGGUUGGAGGGGAUGCAGUGCGUGGCUGCCAUCUACAGUAUCUCUGGGCCAGGAUCCAGAGCAGGCCGGUUCCACGUUCCCUCCCCCCCCCCGCCUUGCCAUUGAGGAAGUGGCCAGACAAUUGGCUACAGAAGCCACUGAGGGAAGUGGCUGGACAGUGGACUGUGAUACUGUCCCUUGAAGUGGGGAGCACAGAGUGCAGCACAGACAGAGGGCUGUGUCACGAAGAGGACGCCGGGGUCCUGGGAGAGACCUGGGUGCAGAAGUGACGGUGGCGAGACACCACCAGAAGAGGGCACACUGGCUAGCAGAGCUGAUCCUCAUGACAUCCAGCAGGGGAUGCCGCAGUGGGGAUGAAGAAGGUGCCUAUCGACAAGGUCGAGUGGGAAGGGUAUUUUGAUGAGAGCGGCCACCUGGUGAAAUCUCGGGAUUUUAUUUCAUCCAACAUCCUGGACAGGGGUCUGGAUCCAGCAGUGAGAUCAGAGGCAUGGAAGUUUCUCACUGGCUACUACUCCUGGAGGAGUUCACAUGACGAGAGGCUGACCGUUGACAGCAUGAGGAGGAAAAGUUACGAGGCCUUGUGCAACAUGUAUGACAAGAUCCAGCCGUUACUAGAGACAGAGCACAGGGACUUCAUGCAGGUCCGCAGCUUCAUCAAUUCUGACCUGCAGAGACUGUACCUCCGAGACGCACAAGGCUACGCCAUAGUGGACAAGAAACGGCUGGAGAAGAUCCUUCUGCUAAGUUACGUAUGCAACACGGAGGCUGAGUACCAGCAGGGGUUCCACGAGAUGCUCCUGCUAUUCCAAUUGCUGGUGGAGAAGGAACAUGAGGUCUACUGGCUGUUUCAAUUCUUCCUCCAGAAAACAGAGCACAGCUGUGUUGUGAACAUUGGGGUCGGGAAAAAUCUGAUAAUGCUGAAAGCAGUGAUAUCAUUUAUGGAUCCCGUCUUUGCAAAGCACUUGGAAGGGAAGGGCAGAGUUGUGCAGUCACUGUUCCCCUGGUUUUGCCUCUUCUUCCAGCGAGUCUUCAAAUCCUUUGAUGAUGUCUGGAGACUGUGGGAGGUAUUCCUGAUGGGGAUACCCUGCAGAAAUUUCCAAGUGAUCGUGGCCUACACUAUGCUGCAGAGUGUCAGAGACCAAAUCCUCCGGGAAAAUAUGGGUGGAGAUGACAUUUUAAUGGUCUGUGGGAACAUCAUAGACCUGGAUGCAGAUGAGCUGAUCUCCAAAGCCUGCUCCACAUACAAACUGCUCAUGGAACACAAGGAAAAGGUUCCAGAUGAGCUGAAGGAGUUCUUCCUUCAGGGAGACUCAUAGAGACAGAAGAGUUAGCAAUAAAUGUGUGUAUGACCCGGAGUGGGCAUCAGAAUUUGGCCCUGGCUGCUGCGCCACCCUGGCAAUAUAAACAGACUCCACCCUCGCCCCCCGGAGAUCUAUCAGUUCGGGGGUGGGGCAGGACUGACAUAGUUGUGCUGCAGCUGCUGAAGGAGACAGACACCUCCUGACCACUCCCGAGCUGGGAGUCUGCAGCGGAUCCCCACUGAGCUGAGGACUGGCCAGAGCUGCUGGAGCCACCUGCUGACCCAGGUACCGAGGAGCCACUGGGACUGCCACUGGCCUUCUACCCAGAUGAAUGAGAGGACCCCCUACGGAUUCAGGUUUCUGGUCAUGGUGUCAUGGGCCUCAGUUGUGGACCAGCCACCUGCCUGGACCAUCUGCGUCUCCAUCUGUCCAUGGGAUUAUUUGAAUGAUUAUAAUUAUGAGGAGGGAAAAUACCUCAAGAAGCUCUCCAUGGUUCGAGCUAAUGAUGGGGCCCAAGCCACAAUGUGGCACAAGGCUGAAGGGGAAGAGCCAUGGGGGCAAUGCAUGGUCCAGAUGGACACCGUAGGGCCACAGCAAAAUACCUGGUGGGUGGCCCCAGACUUUCCAUGUGUCACACCCCAAGGUGCCCCUCCUUCAGCGAGUUCCCGGGGCGGGCAGAUCAGCAUUGUAUGUGGCUAACACUGUUGCAAGCAUCACAAAGCAUGCUGGGAAGGGGUAAUGGUAUGAGUGAGGAGUGAAAGUUUCCUUUGUAGGUUACAAAAGGCCAAGAAGGGGGGAAGAAGAAGAAAAGAGCAGAGAAUGAGUUAACUCAACCCUGGAGCUAGCUCAGUGUGAAGAUAAAACGCUGGCCCCAACCCAAGGACACUGCUCAAAGCCAAAACUUGGCUAACAGCUGAGAAAGACAGGGGCUUUAAUGUGCCCGAGCAGCCGUGAGAAAGAAAAAUCCAACUGCACAGACCUGCAAGACAGCAAGGCCAGCAAAGAAGAGAACAAGGUCCAAGACUGCAGAGAUGGAAAACACCAGCAAGACAAUGACGGGGAGAGCAGAGCAUCGCGUCCCUGGAGCUGUUUAUGUUUUGGGAAAGUGGAGAAGACCACAUCAAGCCCGUUUGGACUGGCACAAAGAGCACCAGGAACAGAGGUCACGGAACAGAACACCCCAAAGGAGCCCAGGACUUAAAACCCUCCUGAGACCUGCAGCAAUUUGGAGAUCACAGCAGACCCUGGAUGACCUGUGCGCACAGGACAGAACUCCCAUCCCCCCUUCUUCUUCUUACGUUACACUCAGGCCUGGCCAGCCUCAGAUACUGACUGUGUGAGUAUGAAAGUGGGUUAGGGCUUGGGGCACUAACGCUUUCUUCCUUCCUCUGAGUGAUGUAGGGAGCACCCAUCACGCUCCACUGUUAUUUUAUUAUUUUAUCAAUAAAGCUUUAAAAUUUA